AUGGAGGCAUCUGGCCCCAAAGUACAUACUGGUCGAAACUCCCCGCCACCUGGCCCGUUUGGCUGUGAGUAUCUCGACCUUACUCGUCACGAUCUCUUUUCUGACAGUCUUACGGAUUCUUUUCUUGGACCCAUGGAUACUCCAUUUGAGCAGGCUCCGGCCUUGCCCCCGGGUCCCUCUCUUCUUGACGAUAACGAAUCCCACAUGCUCGACAACUUCUUUACCACUAUGAAUGCAAACAAUUUUUCCAACGAUUUCUGGAUGCGCGGCCCCCAGGACAAAUCCACCGGCCUUAAUUUCAACUGGACCGAGGAGCUUCCCCCGACUUUUGCGGGUUCUACAACGUCAUUAUCGCAACCAUCAUUCCAACAACAAAAUCUCAAAGCAAGUCUGAUGGGAGGUGCUUCAGACCCCAACAUCUAUGCUGCAGCGUCCAUGCUCUACCAGGGUGGUAUGAAUGGAGCUGAGCUCGGUUCGGUUCUGGCCCAGCAAGCAUUUGCGGGACAGGCACUUCCUAUCAAUGGCCACCAUGUCCAAGCUCGACGCGGCUCACAGCACGUGGCUCCUGCACAGGCGUCGGGAUCGUCGCCUCGUGCUCAGCUUCCAACUGGCUUCCACACCUCAGAGAUGCUCUUUGAUGUUCGCGACCCGAUCCCCGAAGAUCAACAUCCCUCCCGCAAAGUGCGUGGUCUCCACUGGGGCUCAGAUAAUAGCUUCAUGGACCAGGGCUAUAUUGCCCCUCCCGACCAGCCCGAUAUGGAGACACGCACAAAGGAUCUGCUUGAACAUUUGGAUUGCUUUGAACCACAAAGCAGUGCAGCCAACACUCGAGCCCCGAGCCCGGAACGAAUGACCGGCGCUCAUGCGCAACGCUCCGCCUUUCGCCCGAUUGACGGAGAAGAAAGCUCACAACCGCGGAAGCGACAGCGUACCAUCAAGGAUGGUGAUCAAUACUCGGACGACGAAGAUUCGAAGCUACAGACGAGAAAAUCCAGGACCCCCAGCAAUGCAAAGGCCCGACGGGCUUCGAAUCAAACGACCCGUAGAGGGAGCAUUACCCCCGGAAGCAAGCUGCCGCGAGAGAACCUCUCGGAGGAGCAAAAGAGGACCAACCACAUUCUAUCCGAGCAGAAGCGGCGCAAUCUCAUCCGCCAAGGCUUCGAUGACUUGUGCACAUUGGUACCUGGUCUCCGAGGCGGCGGCUUCAGCAAGAGUGCUAUGCUCACCCAGGCUGCCGACUGGCUCGAGGAUCUUCUGCGCGGUAAUGAAGUCUUACACAGCCAAUUGGCCAAUAUGAAAGGCAUCAAUGGUCUGGUGAUGCCUCGAUGA